CCUUUCCUUAACAAACAUUCAAAGAGACAGAGAAAGGUUGGUUGGUUAGUUAAUCAAUGGGUCGAAAGAGUGCCAAGAAAAUGGUGGUUAAAUCCACAAAGAAAGUCGUAGAAGAAAGUGUUCAAGUUUCAGUUAUAACCAGCAACAAAAGAUUAACACGUAGAAACAAAGAUGCUCAAACAGAAGACGAAGAAAAAGAGCAACAAGUAACAAGAGUCAUUCCCGUUCUUGAAGCUCAUGAAGAAAAAGGAGACGGUUCAACUUCAAGCACAACAACAAUCACAACUGAAAACAAAAACACCGACCAGCAAAACACACCAAAAGAGGAAGAACAACAAAACAGAAACAUUAAUAUCAAGAACAAGACAAAAAAAGUGAACAACAGUAACAAUGGUAAGAAGAAGAGGAAGAAGAGUGUGGAAGGGUAUCAAAGGUAUGUGUACAAGGUGUUAAAGCAAGUGCAUCCUGAAAUGGGGGUUUCGUCGAAAUGCAUGGUGAUUUUGAACAAUUUUAUGAAUGAUAUGUUUGAGAGACUAGCUUGUGAGGCUAGUAGGUUGAAGGAUUAUACUGGAAACAUGACAUUGUCGUCGAGGGAGAUUCAAGGAGCGGUUAAGCUCGUUUUGCCUGGUGAGCUUGGGAAACAUGCUGUUGCUGAAGGGAUUAAAGCUGUGAACAACUAUACGGCUUAUGAAUGAAUGUGCAUGAUGUUUAAGCCUUUAGGAAAAUGAUUAUGAUUAUGUAUAAUUAAUUAAGUUUAGUAAGUAAUGUUAUUAUGUAUGUUUAGUGUGGAUUUAGGUGUUUAGUAUUUUGGUUGCAUGUUGUAUUGUAUGUACAAUGUACUGCAUGUUCUUGUUAGAGAUGUACUAGAUUACUAGUUUAUGUGUGCAAGUUAGUUUUUGAAUAAA